CCGAUGCGCCGCGCGCUCCGCGCUGGACAGCCCAGUGUCCCUCAGUCAUACAAUAUGCACCGCUAGGGGACAGUUCAGGGAAGGGACACCAGCGGAGACCGAAGGAUCCUUUGGAGAGCUCCAGUCCCCUGAAGACGCGAUGGAGACGUCCAGCAGUGUGCCGAACACCGCGCUCACGCGACUCCUGAACUUCACAGAGGAUCCCGUCAGCUUCUCGGAGAGUCCUUCCAUGGCGGGGUUACGCGCCACAGAAGAGCCGCUUUCACCCGUGCUCAGCAGCUUCAGGACUGACGCGGCUCCAGCGGGGCUCCUGGCGGGUCCGUUCUCGCCCUCCGAAGAGCCCACUCACCUAAUUGUGGCUUUCUGGGAUUCACCCUUGAGUCACGGGAUUAACGUGUUUGUUGGCUUUGUCCUGUGCUUCACCAUGCUGGGGCUGGGCUGCACGGUGGAUCUCAGUCACCUGGGCGAGCACAUCCGCAAGCCCAUAGGAGUCCUGCUGGCGGUGGUGUGCCAGUUUGUCCUCAUGCCUCUCAUCGCCUUCCUCCUGGCUCUGGCCUUCUCCCUCAACGAUGUGGCCGCUAUGGCUGUGCUGCUGUGCGGCUGCUGCCCUGGAGGAAACCUCUCCAAUAUCAUGUCACUGCUGGUCAAUGGGGAGAUGAACCUCAGCAUUAUCAUGACCAUCUCAUCCACUAUUCUGGCGCUCGUGCUCAUGCCGCUGUGUCUGUGGAUGUACAGUCGUGCGUGGAUCAACACACCUGUGGUGAACCUUCUGCCCUUCGGCGCGAUCAUUCUCACCCUCUGCAGCACCCUCGUUCCCAUCGGGUUCGGGGUCUGGCUUAGAUACCGCUAUACUCGAGUGGCAGAAAUCAUCAUCAAGGUGUCUCUGUGGUCUCUUCUGGUCACUCUGCUGAUGCUCUUCAUCAUGACUGGAACUAUGUUGGGUCCGGAGCUGCUGGCCACCAUCCCUGCCUCCGUCUAUCUGGUGGCUUUACUCAUGCCCAUGGCCGGCUAUGCAGCAGGAUACGGCAUGGCCACGCUCUUCGAUCUACCCCCCAACAGUCGGAGGACUGUGUCUUUAGAGACGGGGUGUCAGAACGUGCAGCUCUGCACAGCCAUCCUGAAACUGGCGUUCCCUCCGCAGCUGAUGGGAGGCAUGUAUAUGUUUCCUCUGCUGUACGCGCUCUUCCAGGCAGCAGAGGCUGGCCUCAUCAUUCUGGCUUACCGCAUGUACAGGAAAGAGGUAUUACAUAAACAGGACCUCAUGGAGGAUGACGAGGAUGAUACAAACAUAUCCUACAAGAAAAUGAAGGAAGAAGACGUGCUGUUUGAUUCUACAUAUGGUGCGGUAACAGAGAGCGACCCCAACGUCAUCGUGUUGGAGCCACAGGAUGGUACUGGAAGCCCCACACCUGUAUAAGGGAACAAAAACAAAAGACUUGAGAAUCACUAUAGACACUGGUCCUGAGUAUUUACAAAGGGAUUUAUUCAUGCCAUCACUCACUGUUGAAUUUCUUACUUAAUCACUCACAGCUUAAUAACUAAUAUGUGCCAAAAAUGAUCGCAAGACUGAAAAUGGAAACUAAUAACAUAACACACUAGACACACUAGCCAAAUACUACCAUUCAAUGGAAUUUUACUAAAAUUUGUAUAAAAUAUAUUUAAACAUUAUUAUAAAAUAUAUAAAUAUAUAUAUAAGAUAAAUACCAUUUUAUAUAUAUAGAGAGAGAGAUAUAAUUUAUGUCUGUAUAUAAAAUAUAUAUUUUAUAGUUUUUGUUAUUAUUGAGUUAAUUUGAUCAUACAUUUAAUUCCUUCUUUCAUUCAUUCAUGAAUUCAUUCAUUCAAAUAAUGUAAUAGCAAAAGUCACUUUCAGAGUCUUACAAAAGUAUGCAAAUUGCACACCAUUAAUGUAGAUUUAUGCCGCUGCUUGUAAAUGAAUCAAUGCUAUUACCUCAGUAAAUGGAUUACAUUGGCUCAUUUGAUUAUGUGGACCAAGAGGAUCUUUAGAUUGCAUAUCACCCACUGUCAGUCUGCUUCUGACUUUAAAGCUAAAGUUUUCUGAGUUUAUUGCUUCAAAAAUAGUGGAAUUUAAAGAAUUACCACAAUGCCAAAGGCUAAAACAACAUUUCGGUGUCAGAUCAUAACAAAUGUAAUUUUAAAAAAAGGAUAAAAGUGUAUGGUAAUAAAAACAGGCUUUAUGUAAAAUGAGGUUGAUAAAGAAUUGAUCAUCUGAUAAUAUUCAAAUAUGUGAUCCAUCUCUGUAAAUGAAAUGAAAGCUUCAUCUGCAAGUCAAAUAAAUGUUUAUGAUGAGCAUGUGAUAUUAAAUGUUUUGUUUAGACAAUA